GCGCAGGCGGCGAGGGCGGGUCAUUUGCCACUCACCUGCUGCUAGCACUGCGGACACCCCCGCAAAGCGGCCAGGGCCUUCCGGACGCCGACCCGCACACCCCGGAGAAGCUCCCGGGGAAGCCCCCACGGGCCCGUCCGCAGGCACCCCCCAGAUCAAAUGAUGCUGUUUGGAAAAAUUUAUCAGCAGUUGUGUGGCUUACAGAAACUCCCAUGGUCAUGUGAUUCCAGACACUUCUGGGGCUGGCUGAAUGCAGUGUUUAAUAAAGUGGAUUACGAUCGCAUCAGGGAUGUUGGCCCUGACAGGGCUGCGUCUGAAUGGCUAUUACGCUGUGGGGCCACAGUGCGCUACCAUGGCCAGGAGAGGUGGCAGAAGGACUACAACAACCUCCCAACAGGCCCUCUGCACAAAUACAAGAUUCAAGCAAUCGAUGCCACCAACUCUUGUAUCAUGAGCAUUGGAUUUGAUUACAUGGAGGGCCUAGAGCAUGUUGAAAAAAUAACACUAUGCAAGUGUCAUUAUAUUGAGGAUGACUGUUUGCAGAGGCUUAGUCAACUUGAAAAAUUACAAAAAAGUCUACUGGAAAUGGAAAUAAUUUCCUGUGGGAAUAUCACAGACAAAGGCAUCAUUGCUUUGUGUAAUUUAAGAAACCUCAGGUAUUUGUUGUUAACUGAUCUUCCUGGAGUAAAAGAAAACAAGAAAGAAAAUCUUGUCCAAGUCUUUAAGACGGCAUUGCCUUCUCUGGAACUAAAAUUGAACUUGAAGUAAAAUAAUAAGAAUCAGUAAGUGUCUUACUUCAUUAUGAAGGAUCACUUGAAAUUGUUGAUCCUAAACAGCAACAAAUACUAUAUAAUCAUCAACAGAAACUGUAGAGAAUCUGUCAUAUAUAGAAGAUAAAUAUUAGAUGUGACUCACUAAAGUUUCUAAAUUGGAAGUGAGAAAUUAUGUACAUUAAAUCAUUUUAAGAAAAGUGAAAACUAGGUGACAAUUUAAUUCUAAAUAUAUUCUUCAUGUAAUAUAAGUAUCAAUAUACUAGAUAUCUCCUGGUAUGUUGACUUAGAAUUCUUUAAAGUUAUUUAACUAUACAAUGCAGAUUUUUUUUUGUAUUAAAACAAUUUAUAUUACAACUUUAAAUUUAUUGAAGCACAUUGUUAUAAAUGCACAAUUAUGAAAAAUUGGAAGCUAAAUUACAGAUUCAUUGAAUCAAUUUUGCAGAGUAGUCACUGAUUGAUGAGGCAUGCAUUUCAUAUUGCUUCUAGGAUUUGCACACAUUUCUCAUGAUCCUGAAUUCCUGUGUUCUUGAUAGUAUAUGCACUUUCUUAGAAUGAAUAUUGCUGGUUAAUCUAGCAUACAAGUUUAAGCUAGUGUUUCAUUAAAAUUGGACAUAGAUACUUGAUUGAAUAGUUUUGUCAAUUGGAACAGAACAGAGGGUGACAAUUGUAAAGACCAGCAGGCCACGCUGAACUUUUUGUACUUCAAUUAAAAAACUGCUUUAAACAGAAAAUUGUAAUGUACCAAUCAUAAGCUAGUUUUUCUUGACUUGAAUAUUUUGGAUGCUACCACCUAUGAGUUCAAGAGACAUCAAAAAGAAGUAUAAACACAAAAGUCAAUUUAUAUCUAGAAAACAGUAAUAAAGAAGGAAAGAAGGUCAUAAAUAGAUAAAACAAGUCUUUAUUUUUACCUGCAUGAAAUAGCUCUUAUUCUAUUAUUAUUUAUGUCAAUUUGUUAAUGGAUUUCUGUAUGUUUGGUUUGAACAUUAAGCUAUUGAAUAUAAACUUAACUAGAAAUUAUUUUAAAAUAAACACUUUCUAUGAUGAA